AUGCGCCGGGACGAUGUUAAUCCGAUGAGAGCCCUUGGCUCUGUGGACCCCAAUUCAUUUCGGGUAGCCCAGACUACACGGCUGGUCCACAGCCUCGAGCCUGCGCCCGGAAUUCGAUUCUCCGCAAGACCGCGAUCGCAAGGCCAUACGAACGAGAAGGAGCUUGAGUCACCUGAAAAUGAGAUAUUUGCACACAAGUCAGGAGUUAAAUGCCUAGCAAUUGACAAAAAGGACGGUCAAGUUCUGGUCUCUGCAGGUGCCGACCCUUCCAUUCAUAUUUGGAACCUCGAAAGCAGAGGUUCAGAACUCAAUCAUAUCCACCGACCCUCCGCAUCGAUCGGCAAAUUAUCGCAUCCCGAUGCGCACACCCAUGCCAUCACUUCCUUAUCCGUCUACCCCUUCGACUACAAGCCCAGCUCUAUUUUCUCAACAUCCUACGAUGGCACAUUGAAGCUCUCUGCAAUACAACCAUCGGGCAUUACCCCUACAGAAACCUUUAAACUUAACUGCACUCCCUAUGCACACUCCUUUUCUUCUCAGCCCGACUCAAAGCGAUUAGUUGCAGUCGCUACCUCCGAGCAAUACGUCCGCUUAGUAGACCCGCGAGCAGGUCUAUCGAUUCAUCAGUUACCUGGACAUACUGGCGCAGUCCUCUCGGUAGAUUGGGCACCACACAACCCACACCUCCUCGCAUCGUCUUCCGUUGACAACAAGGCACUAAUAUUCGAUGUACGACGCGGCGGAUUCAACGCAGCCAUCGCAAGUCUAGACAUGGACGACCCCACCGGUCUAGUACUUCCAGAUCCCACGGUCCCAGUGUCAGCAUUAUCCCAGAUCCGACCUGCAUAUUCGCGAAAUGCACGUGCACAUAGUGGCCCGGUAACAGGUAUUCGAUGGACAUCCAAUGGCAGACAACUUGUUACAGCGGGUCAGGAUGCCCGAAUUAGAGUAUGGGAUGCAGCUUCAGGUGCAAAUACACUGGCCCAUUUCGGUCCUCGAGUCCGGAACGGCACGACCUCGAAUUUGGGUGAACGUGCUCCGCUGUUAAUUCCUGGGGAAUUCACGGCAGCAGGACACGAGACUCUUUUAUGGCCCAAUUUCGGCGAACUAAGUGAGCGCGGCGAGAUCUUCAUGUUUGAGCUUCGCGAGGGCACAUUUAUCAAGAUGUUGAAAGUUCCAGGUGUGCUGAAAGCUAGGCCUGGUCCGAUUCAGCCUAGUGCGCUUCGUGCUACUCGGAUAAAUGACAUGGUGUUGCGCGGGUGUGGAGGGUCUGGAGAGGGUAUAGAACUUUUCACAGCUCAUGGUGAUGGGGUUAUUCGCAGCUGGGUUUCCAGUGAAGCUGAUGCAGAACCCACAGAGGCUGAAGAGGAGGUUCUUUCUGCUCGGAAGAGAAAGCGAGAUGUACUAGAUGACAUCUACAAAACCUUUUUUGAGGCUGGAGAAUCUGGGGCUCAUAAUUAA